AAAGGCGGUGGAACAGGCCGCCGCCCAGAUGUCUCAACGGCACAGACUCUCUUCAAGGUAACAUUUCACUGGAAAGGUCACUGUUUCCUAACCCCUGUGAAAACAACUACGGCAAUUGCGCACAUAUGUGCAUCUACACUCCCCAUCACCAUUCUUGCGGAUGCCGGGGCGGUUACGUUCCUAACGGAACAGAAUGUAUCGCGGUUACUUGCCCCCCACUGAAACCGCCAGAGCACGGAUACAUUGUCGGUGAGUGCUCGACGACGUACCGGGGCAAGUGCGUGUUCGAGUGCGAUGAAGGAUUUGAACUUACGGCCCAAGGAAGCGAAACCCGAACCUGCCAAGGGAAUGGAACCUGGUCCGGGGUCACAUCCCAAUGUGUCGUCAACCGGUGUGGUGAGCCUCCCACUCCUGUUAAUGGGUACGUGAGGGAUUGCCAGGAAGAUCGUGCCGUCGGGACCUCCUGCACCAUCUGCUGCAUCGAGGGAUAUCGACUGGUCGGAGAAAGUACCACCGUCUGCACGAGCUCAAAGACGUGGACGGUAGCAGAACCCAUAUGCAAUCGUAAGAAACAUCCGCGUACCGUGGUUUUUCUUGAAAGAGCCAUUGGCUUUCAUGAGCGACGUAGGAGUCGCCUCUAUGGCUUCGAGCGACUUGCACUAAAAUGCAAUUGA